UAAUCGAAUAGGUGCAGCUAAUAGAAUAAAAUGGCAGAUAUGGUGGGUAUGUGGGAGGUGCCUCUCAGCGAUGGGAUUUACCAGAUUGAAUUUGAGCAUGGAACCACCACAGGGAAGCGUGUUGUUUAUAUCAAUGGGAAGGUGAGCUGCAGUGGUUAUUAUAUGAUGUUUUGAUUUGCAGAUGAUGAGAAACAAUGUAGUAAAUUCAUAGUGUCAUCGCAUUACUGUACCUCUUCAAAAACAUGCUGAGACUGUUUUGUUUUAAAGGAGGUCCUCAGAAGGGACUGGAUGUUCAAACUGGUGGGCAAGGAAACAUUUCCUGUUGGGCAUACAGGAGCAAAAGCUACUAUAAAUAUCGAAGCACUUACCGGCUUUACUUAUGAGUACACGCUGGAAAUCAAUGGAAAGAGCCUCCAGACUUUUAUAGACAACUGGGCCAAAAUAUCCAAGACUUGGCUGCUGAAACUUGAUGGUGCUGACUGCAGGAUUGUUCUGGAGAAAGAUACCAUGGAUGUAUGGUGCAAUGGCCAAAAGCUGGAAACCGCGGGGGAGUUUACAGAUGACAGUACUGAGACGCAUUUUGUGGUGGGGAAGCAUGAGUGUUGCAUAAAAGCCACUGGCGGUGGGAAGAAAAGAAAUGGAGUAAUGCACACGCUGCUUGUGGAUGGAAUGAAGGUCAUGUGAUGAGGAAGUACCUGUUUCACUUUUGUCUACUUGAGGCUCAGGUGGCGAAGGAGCAGAGCGCUUACUUCCUGGUGCACUUUUGAAUCCAAUGUUAUUAAAAUAUAAUUAACAAAAUAUCUGAAUAAGCUAUAAAUAAGCUAUAACAAUAACAAUAAUUUAAUUUUAGUCAAUUAAAUUCACUUUAAUUCAGGAAA